AAGAAGAAGAAGAAAAAAAGUCAGCGUGAAAGAGGGAGUGGGAAGAGAAGCUGACUAAAUUGCUGCGAGUCGGUGGGGACUCUUUUUGGAGCCGAGCUGGCUUGUUGAAGACGGGAAAAUGCGCCGAGAAGACCUUAAAUCGCGUGACCGAGCGCGAGACUGAAGCCGGAGCCCGCGCGGUGUGUGUGUGUGUGUGUGUGCUGCGCUCUCGGUGGGACGCUAUUGAUCGCUUUUCCUGGGACGGGAAACUCCGCUUCACCCUUCCCUCCGUGUCGUUCUUCGUGGACACACUUUCACUCUCCAAAAGUCUGCUUCCGGCUGAGCCACUUCAGACACAGAGACUACACCAAAGUGUGCGAGAUCGCUCCUUUUUUCCGCUUAACUCAAAAGUUUCGUUUCUUUUUCGUUGUUUUUGGCUCGGGACUGAGGCCGACUCUCGCCCUCUGCCGAACGGGAUUCGGCUUGCACGCUCAAAGACAACAUGAAAACUCCCGGUGAAACGGGAUUCGCCUUUCCGGAAUGGGCGUACAAGCCCGAGUCGAGCCCGGGCUCCAGGCAGAUCCAGCUGUGGCACUUCAUCCUGGAGCUGCUCAGGAAGGAGGAGUACCACGACGUCAUCGCCUGGCAGGGCGACUACGGCGAGUUCGUCAUCAAAGACCCCGACGAGGUGGCCAGGCUGUGGGGGGCACGCAAGUGCAAGCCUCAGAUGAACUACGACAAGCUCAGUCGAGCUCUCAGGUAUUACUACAACAAACGGAUCUUGCACAAAACUAAAGGCAAGCGCUUCACCUACAAGUUCAACUUCAACAAGUUGGUCCUCGUCAACUACCCCUUCAUAGACAUGGGGUCUGCAGGCGUAGGCGUUCCUCAGAGCGCUCCACCCGUGCCCACAGGUGCAGUGUCUCAUUUCCGUUUUCCCCCCUCCACGCCGUCCGAGGUCCUCUCCCCCAGCAGCGAGGAGCUGAGAAGCCCGGGUUCUUUCAGCAGCAUGGCGCGGCGCCUGGCUCGAGGCUCCGUGUCUGACUGCAGUGACGGCACCUCAGCCAACUCCGAGAUCGACGAGGGCAGCCUCGGCGUGGGCACGGCCGAAGAGCGGGUGCCUGAAAGAGGCUUCAGGAGUGCCGUGCCGCCUCGCCUCACCCACGAAGCCCUCUACCGGAUGUACGGUAAUCACGUGGGCCACAGGGGCCAUCGCGCUCACCCGGAGCCGCUCUCGCCCUUCGCUUCUGCCGGCUCAGGCCUUUUGGCGCCACCGCCACUCUCCCCCGCCCUGCCCGUGACGGCGGGCACACACCUGCCCUACACGCCCUCACCCACGUUGUCACCAAUGCCAGGCUCCAUAUUCUCAUUCAGCGCUGAGGACAUGCAGCGCUACCUGCAGGCGCAUACGCAGAGCGUCUACAACUACCACCUGAGCCCUCGGGCCCUCUUUCACUACCCCAACGUGGUCGUGCCCCAGCCGCAGCGACUCGAGAAGCCUCUGCAGAGUACCGCCGAGCGUCCGUCCGUCCUCACCCACUCGUACCCACUGGCACCGGCUGACGACGCCCAUCACACCCCCUUCAAGUUCAAGCUGCAGCCUCCACCGCUGGGCCGAAAGCAGCAGCGUGAGGCACAGGGACACCAGGGUUCCCUCGGCUCGUCCUCCUCAUCUGCCCUCGGCUCUUCGCUCUCUUUCGGCAGCGACCUAAGCUCAGGCAUCGUCUCCAACUCGUCAUCGAGCGGCUCGCUCAACAGCACCGGCCUACCCAAGAUCAAGGUAGAGCCCAUUUCCGACAUCGAAUCUGAGGAGGAGGUUGAAGUCACCGACAUCAGCGAUGACGAGGGAGAUGAGCGGGACGAAGAGUUUUUCUCUGCCCACCGCCGUGACCACCAUCAUCACCACCAUCACCACCACAUUUUUGGGCGGCAGUCCAAUGGCAUUUCUGCACCUCCUCAAUACGACGACUCUGAGGAAGACGUGUUCAAAGCCCCGGCUCCUCCGCCACUCUUCGGUGCCCCUUCCUCAUCGUCGUUUCGCGGCACCAUGCCCACGGUGAAGAGCGAGCCAGACACGCCGCCGGCGUCCAGCGGGCACGGACACACCCCCUUGCCCUCUCCUUCUCAGUGCAUCCCGCUGAAACUGCGCUUCAAGAGGCGCUGGGACCAGGAGCAGCACACCGAGGAGGCAGAGGAUAAAAAAGUCCGGGGCGACAAAAAGAACGGCGAGAGCGCAGGAAUCGAGAGGGAGGAGAGCGAGAGCUCCGCCCCUCACAAACUGAGUGCCGAACUGCACCGCGCAGCCGCCCAGCUGUCUCUGGAAAACAAGGACUGCUGAUAGAAGUGACGAGUUGACAUUACGCACACGUGCAGGACGAGCACUCGUACCCACAGUGCUCAAGAGCGACUUUUGCUGACAAACACACACUCGCGCAGACAGACAUUCGAAGUCUACGAUACUGACAGACGAAAACACACACGCGCACAACACCAGCACUCACGAUGGCAGCCUAGAAACAAAGCUCCCCCUCUUCAUAAAUAAGUGCGUUUUCAUUUCA